AUGUCUUCACAACUCACCAAGCUUGGCAUCACAAAAAUUCUGGAAGGAACUGUCGGAGCUCGCGGUUUUAAAAUUAUGUAUAAAUCUCAACAAUGUUUUAUUUCUCCAUGGCAUAACAUUCCACUAAUAGCCUCAGAAAAAUCCAAACUUUAUCAUUAUUUGAACGAAAUUCCUCUCGGAACACUUAAAAAGAUGGAAGUCAAUACAAAAGAAGAACACAAUCCAAUCAUACAAGAUGAAAAGAAGGGAAAACUCCGAGAAUUCACAUACAGAGUAGAUAAAGGAGGCAUUCCUUUCAAUUACGGAAUGCUUCCUCAAACAUGGGAAGAUCCCAACAAGGUUAUUCAUGUACCAUUCGGAAGUGUGAAAGAUGGAAUUUAUCAACCAACAAUUGCAGUCAAGGGCGAUGGAGACCCAUUAGAUGUUGUUGAAGUGAGUGACAAUGCAUUGGAAAUGGGAGAGGUCUAUAAAGUGAAAGUAUUUGGAAUUUUAGGAAUGAUUGAUGAAGGUGAAAUGGAUUGGAAGGUUUUAGCCAAAGUCGUGUCAUCAGAUGAAGAGCAAGCUUCAGAUUUCUCGCAAGAUAUUUAUAACAUUCCGAAGAGAAAACUUAAUGACAUUAUUGACUGGUUCCGCAUGUACAAAACCACCGAUGGAAAACCAGAAAAUCAUUUUGCCUUCCAAGACUCUUUCCUUGACCGUUCUUAUGCUACCUACAUUAUUGAACAAACACACAAGCAUUGGAUGGAAAGACUACCACCUCAAAGCAAACAUUAA